AUGUCAUUCCCAUACAAACACGUCCUUCUCAUCGGCGCCACCUCAGGCAUCGGCCGCGCAAUGGCCGACCGCUUCAUCAAAACCGGCAUCAAAGUUACAGCCGUAGGAAGACGUCAAGACCGCCUCAACGACUUCGUCAGCACACACGGCGGAUCCAACGCCCAUUCCAUAACCUUUGACGUGAGCAAAACCGAGCAAGCGCCGCAGUUCGCAAAGGACGUCUUCACCACAUACCCAGACAUCGACUGUGUGUUUCUCAACGCAGGCGUGCAGCGCCGCUACAACCUAACCAGCCAGGAGACAUUUGACCUAGCCAGCUUCCAGAACGAGGUCCACGUCAACUUCACCAGCAUCGUGGCUCUGGCGCAUGCGUUCCUGCCCUAUCUGACGGCGAAGACUGAGCCGGUUAGCUUCAUCUUUACCGGGACGAAUCUCGCUAUUGUCCCUGCUUGUCCGAUGCCGGCUUAUUCGGCCGCGAAGGCGGCGCUAAAUGCCUUUGUUUACUGCUUCAGGGAGCAGCUCAAGUCGACCAAUGUUAAGGUUAUUGAUUUGUCUCCUCCGGCGGUGCAGACCGAACUUCAUGACUACUUGACCCCCGAGGUCGGGCGCAAUAUCGGCAUGCCACUGGACCAGUUUAUCAACGAGGCGUUUGCACAGCUCCAGGCGGGCAAGGACCAGGCUGUUAUCGGGCAUGUGGCGGAUGAGAAGACGUUCUAUGAGAUUCUUAAUAAGCGGCGGUCUAUGUUUGAGGAUCUGACGAAUCCUGGCUCAGGAAAAACCACCCUCCUACUCAACCUGAUCCCUCAGCUCCCACAAAACUACCGUCUCGCUCUUCUCAAGAACGAAUUUGGCGAUGUUGCCAUCGACUCCCAGCUAGCCUCGGCACAAUCCAUCUCCGGUGUCCGCGAACUCCUGAACGGGUGCAUCUGCUGCAACCUCGUCGGUCAACUCAGCGAUGCGCUGAACCAACUCCGCGACGAAGUCAAGCCGGAUCGCAUUGUGAUCGAGACCAGUGGGAGUGCAUUCCCCGCGACGUUGGCGAUGGAGGUGAAUCGGGUGGGACGUGAACAGCCGGGCAGCUUUGUCUUGGACGGUGUGAUCAGUGUGAUCGACGUGGAGAAUUGGGAAGGGUACGAGGAUACAUCCUAUACGGCGAAGUUGCAGGCGAAGUACACUGAUUUGAUUAUUUUCAACAAAUGGGAGAAGGUAUCGGAGAGACGGUUUGACCUUUGUUUGGAUCGUGUGGGGGAUCUGGAGGUGCAGACGCCGUAUGUGAAGUCAGAUAAGGGGAGGGUGGACAAGAAUGUGCUGUUGGGCAUUGAUGGGGCUUUGUUUGUGAAGGCGGAUGGGGCUAAACUUACAAAUGGUCAUGACCAUGACCAUGGGCACAAGCAUGAUCAUCAAUCUGAGGUGGAGGUGCUUUCUGUCACACUGAAAUCCACUCAGCCUGAGCCCACGGUUAAUGUAUCUAUGCUGGAGCAGUUGCUGCAGUCUGCGCCAAAGGACGAGGUCUAUCGAAUUAAAGGUAUAUUGCGUUGCUCGACGCAAUCGCCUCCGGCUGAGUCGUCGGAUACCCUGGGCGAGCCUAGAUCUGCUGAGGACGGAGCGGCCAAACAUUACAUUCUAAACUGGGCAUUUGGUCGUUGGACCUUCACCCCCUCCGAGGUCGUUGCGGAAACAGCUGACCCGAGCGUGGCUGCUCGCAUCACGUUUAUCCUUGCCCGGUAUGAGUCUGCAAAGUGGAAGAAGAAGCUAGAAGCCGGUGGCUUGGUCCAAGUUGGAGAGGGGAAUGAAGGAACGGAGUUGGUUGUUGAGCGACUUGUCUAG